AUGAUUCAAAUUCUUCCUAACGAAUUACAUAUUCAAAUUUUGACAUUUGUUGUUACCGAAACAAAUUUUGAGAAUUUUUGCGCAUUGAGAACUGUUUGCAAAAAAUGGAACACAUUUGUCCCUUUAGUAAUGCACGAAGCCGUUAUCUCUAAAUUAAAUUCUGGUUUAAACCUUGAAUUAACGGACUGGAACGAAACAAAAUGGUCUAAAAAAUUAUCACCAACUUAUGACGAUAAUACCAAGACUUUUACCUUUCUGUUUGAUAGUGCUGAUGCCACUAAAUCUCUCUAUGAUUAUGAGAAGCCUCAUGUACAAAAUUCCAGUUUUGUAGCGUUCGUAAAAAGGAGUGAAGAUGUAUCAAUUCCGCUUAAACUUGGAUAUAAAUUCGGUGAUUUAGCUUUUCCUGAAUUUGUAAAUAGUGAUAUAGAUAAGUAUGAAUUCGAUCAUCAAAGUAACGUGUGUUUCAAACGAGAGAUUAAGGUUGACGAAGAGGGUAAAGAUAUUAAUUGCAAAUCUGGUGAAACACAAAAUAAAUACAAAAAAAUUGCAAAAGAAGCAUUCUAUUAUCGUAACGAGUUAUUCCUUAAAGGAAAAUCCCAAAGAAGAAGAGAUCAAUUGAAAACUGUUUCAUUUGAUAAACCUUCUAUUC